GCGCUCCUUCCGGGUGUUACUCGGUGUUUUCUGUUCGCCUGGGAGGGGAAAAUAGCUGCUUUUCCCCACGAAUAUAAACUAAGCGAGCUUUUAAAGUGUAACAAUGAACCGUAUAUUUGGCCGAGGAAAACCCAAAGCGCCUCCGGCGAAUCUCACCGACUGUAUCGGAAAUGUGGACUCUAGAGUGGAGUCUGUUGACAAGAAGAUUGCCAGGCUGGAUGCAGAGCUGGUCAAGUACAAAGAUCAGAUGAAGAAAAUGAGAGAAGGUCCUUCAAAGAACAUGGUGAAGCAGAAGGCAAUGAGAGUGCUGAAGCAGAAGAGAAUGUAUGAGGGCCAGAGAGACAACUUAGCACAGCAGUCAUUCAACAUGGAACAGGCAAACUAUACAAUACAGACACUGAAAGAUACAAAAACAACAGUAGAAGCUAUGAAGAUUGGUGCGAAGGAAAUGAAGAAGGCAUACAAGAAUGUGAAAAUUGACCAGAUUGAGGACCUUCAAGACCAGCUGGAGGACAUGAUGGAGGAUGCCAACGAGGUGCAGGAGGCCCUGAGCCGUAGCUACGGCAUGCCAGAGAUUGACGAGGAUGAUCUAGAGGCGGAACUGGACGCCCUCGGGGAUGAGCUCCUGCUGGAUGAAGACAGCUCGUACCUGGAUGAAGCCUCUUCUGCACCUGCCAUCCCAGAAGGAAUGCCCAGCAGCACCAAGACGAACAAGGAUGGUGUUCUGGUGGAUGAAUUUGGAUUGCCACAGAUUCCUGCUACAUAAGCAAAUGCAUACAGCGCUCCAAAACAAUUUUAUAUGUAAAAUAUGACAUUUAUAUAAAUAACUAACUAAUCUGGGUUGUAUAAACAACUCUUUAUAUAUUUGAAGUGAUAGGUAAAAACGACUCUUCUGUUAUUGUUCCUAUAAUGCUAAAAUGAGGUCUUACAUUUGAUCAGUCUUUGGUUUGUUUACUUUGCUUAUUUAAAAUAAAAAGUGCAUUGAAAUUAAA